AUGGGUCCUUAUCGAGUAUUGGUCUUCGUAUUUCUAGCUGCAUUACUAGAAUUAACUGUUGGAACUCACUUUCGUGGUGGUAUUAUUACCUGGCGAGCACUGAACACUACUCCUUCGGGUACACAUGCUCAAAUUCUGAUUCACCAACGAUAUUCGUGGCGUCGUAGUUAUUGGUCGAGCAUGUGCACUACUACGACAAUCACUAAUCAGCAAAUUAUCGGUAGUCCCACAGGCACUUUAGAUUGCAAUGUUGGCUCUUGUGGCUCAUUCACGUCUCUAAGUGCCGAUGUUAUAUGUACAGAUUACAGCACAUUAAUUGAUUGUUCAUCAGGAGAAGUAUAUGAUACACUUACUCUUCCACUCAGUAGUACUUUUGUAGUGGGAUUUUAUGGCGGUAACUGGUUGGCAUUGGCUAUCGGUGGUAAUUCCUAUUGGCAAGUCACCGGUAAAAUCGAUCUUACAGUACGUCCUGAUGGUUUGAUUAAUACUUCACCAGUUACAACUACUCUUCCAGUGAUUUAUCGAACUGUGGGUGUUCAACAUAUUCACAUUAUUCCAAUGUCCGAUGCUGAUUCUACUGACACACUGCGAUGUCGAUGGUCAACUGAUAAUACACCAACAUCCAAUACAAACGGAUACGACGAAUGUGCCUCAGUGUGUGAUCCGAGUCUACCUCCUGGAUACACUCUCUUUCCAGACAACUGCACUCUCGUUUUUACGAUCUCAAGUGUGGGUGGUUACUAUGCAGUAGCUCUUCAGAUUGAAGACUUCUAUGCCUCAACGAGUACGACACCCAUGAGUUCGGUCCCAAUUCAAUUUAUGUUCUAUGGGAUAGCAGCUCCCAGUGGUUGUUCUACAGCACCUUCCAUAAUCGGUGUUCGACCCAAUUUAGGUGUUAAUGGAAUGCUUAUGAAUCGACCAAGUCGUAAUGGAACCUAUGUAUACUUCAAUGAUGUCACAUUAAAUAAUACAGUCGUACUCAAGUAUGAUUGUGGCUGGUCGCCAAAUGUUAUAUAUUCGGGCAGCACAAUGGUUAUCUAUGCGCCUUUUGCCUGGGUACCAGGUCAUAAUUACUUUGUAACAUUCGACAGCGGUUAG